UGCUCAGUCAUUAAACAGUAUCAGUCAAUAGAUUUGAUAUUUGGUCAGUGAUACCUUAGCUUUUCAGUGAAAUAAACAAAGAAAUUAAAAGAACAUUAAAUUUAAGCACAAAAUCACCUGGAACUAAAGUCCUAUGUUCUUGUUUUUAGAUACUAUGUGCUGAAGGGAAGGACAAGUCCUGACAAAGAUGCAAGAACAUCCCACAGAUAUGACAGGCCCCGGACAGCUGAUGUUGUCAACUUUAUCAGGAGCUCAGCUAGAGCCCAUGGGGAGGUCCAGCCAAACAACGGGAAUGUGAUGCUUCCAACAUGCUACUCAAUUCAGAACAUGUAUGAAGAGUAUGCAAGCGGGCACAGCAACCCCUACUGUAUGAAGCACUUCAAGCGACUCGUACAUGACCGCUUUCCAGAAGUUAAAGCAUCAGAGAGAACCACAUUUACAGAAUGCAAGGAGUGUUCCAUGAUACGUAAUGCAAAGGCUGGUGAUCUAUCCAAGGAACAGAGAUUGCUGUUGGAGGAGCAAAAGAGAGCCCAUCUUCUUGUUCAAAGAAUAGCGAGGGAAAAGUAUUACAAACACAUUAAGAAGGCAAGAGAGAACCCCCAGAAGUAUUGUUCGAUAAUCAUCGACAAUAUGGACCAGGCAAAGACAAACCUACCCAGGUUACCCUCAUACCAUAAGGGAGAUGUCAGCCUCACCAGGGUCCAUCACCAUGUCACGGGAAUUUUGGCCCAUGGACAGGGAAAGUCCUACGUUUUCACCUGGACAGACAAAUUCUCAUGCGACUCCAACAUCACCAUGAAUUGCCUGCUGAGAGUCUUUGAUGACAUUGCACAGCAAAGACGGUUGCCUCCCACACUGUUUCUGCAGGCUGACAAUUCUGCCAAAGACAACAGAAACUUUAUCAUCAUGGGAUUCCUUGGAAGUUUGGUCCUGAGGAAGAUGUUUAAAAAGGUGAAGCUGUCCUUCCUGAUGGUAGGCCAUACCCAUGAGGAUGUGGAUCAAAUGUUCUCGUGGAUAUCGAUCCACAUAGGAAAGAUGGCCAUCAAAACAUCAGACACCCUCCACGAGGAAAUCCAGGCAGCCUACCAUCCCCAGCCCACAACGGAGCAUCUGUCUGAUCUGUGGGACUACCGUGCUCUGGCCCUCCAGUCACCCAUCCAGCUGUCUGGCCACAAGUCUCCUCACUGCUUUAGGUUUCACUUACAGGAGGACAGGGUCAUCAUGUCAUACAAGGAAUGGCCCUUGCAGAGAGCAACGUUCCAGCAGCUGGACAUCACAGACUUGGCCAGAGCCUUUGAUGCUGCCCCACAUCCAAUCAGCACCAUGCCAGAUAAAGGAAGAGGAGCCUUUGAUGCCAUGGGAGUGGAUUUGCCCAAGUGGAAAAGAUGUGGGAGCCUGACAGAUGAGGAAGCAUCUUGGUGGGAGGGACACCUGGAGAAGCAGCGCACAUUUGGUCAGCCAACUGUCCCAAAGCUGGAUGAAUUUGGACCCUUCCUGACCAGUGCGAGUGAAGCUGCUAACACCAUGCCCCCAGAAAUUGCUGACACCAUAAGACGUCAUGUCUCUUCCCUGACUCAGGAAUCCACAAUUCGAACAGUGAGGCAGAGAAGGAGAUGAGGAACUUUGCAUUGACUGGUUUUAGCUCCAUGGCAUGUAUUAUCGGAGGCGGUAACGGGCCGCCCCACUUGUAUAUUUGUAUGAUAUUGAAAACUUUUCAUGUAUAUCUGCUAUUUUUAUAAAUUUUCUGGUUCUUCUAAUUAAACAAAAAAAAUAUCUAUGGAGUGUAAUUUCGGAGGCGGUAAUGGGCCGCUCCACAUGUACAGUAUCUUUUUGUAAAAUUUUCCACAUAAAUUCAUAUUUUUGUAUCAAUUUGUAUAUGCUCCACAUAUUGAUAUUUUUGUAUCAAUUGUACAAUUUUUAUAUUCAAUCUCCUGUGCGAGUGUUCAAUCGGGGGCGGAAACGGGCCGCUCCACAUAAAUUCAUAUUUUUUGUAUAAAUUUGAAUAAUUUUUAUAAUCAAUUUCCUGUGUGAGUGUUCAAUCGGGGGCGGAAACGGGCCG